UUUUCCCUCACUCAGCAAUCCCUUUUGGUGAACAUCCUGUGGUGACCUGGUAUCCAUUUUCUGUUCUGCUGGUUACCUUGCACGUUAUCAUGAAGUUUGGUUGGUUCGAGGUGGCCGCAUUGACGGCUGCCUCAGUAGUCAAUGCCAAGGAUGAUCUCGCGUACUCCCCUCCUUUCUACCCUUCCCCGUGGGCAGAUGGUCAGGGUGAAUGGGCGGAAGUGUACAAGCGCGCUGUGGACAUAGUGUCCCAGAUGACGCUGACCGAGAAAGUCAACCUAACGACAGGAACGGGAUGGCAGCUAGAGAGAUGUGUUGGACAGACUGGCAGUGUUCCCAGACUUAACAUUCCCAGCCUGUGCUUGCAGGAUAGCCCUCUCGGUAUCCGUUUUUCGGACUACAAUUCAGCUUUCCCUGCAGGUGUUAAUGUCGCUGCCACUUGGGACAAGACGCUCGCCUACCUCCGCGGUCAGGCAAUGGGCGAAGAGUUCAGUGAUAAGGGCAUUGACGUUCAGCUGGGUCCUGCUGCUGGCCCUCUCGGUGCUCAUCCGGACGGCGGUAGAAAUUGGGAAGGUUUCUCGCCCGAUCCAGCCCUAACCGGUGUGCUGUUUGCAGAGACGAUUAGAGGUAUUCAAGAUGCUGGUGUCAUCGCGACAGCUAAGCAUUAUAUCUUGAACGAACAAGAGCAUUUCCGCCAACAACCUGAGGCUGCGGGUUAUGGAUUCAACGUAAGCGACAGUCUGAGUUCCAACGUCGAUGACAAGACUAUGCAUGAAUUGUAUCUCUGGCCCUUCGCGGAUGCAGUACGCGCUGGAGUUGGUGCUAUCAUGUGCUCUUACAACCAGAUCAACAACAGCUACGGUUGCGAGAACAGCGAAACUUUGAACAAGCUCUUGAAGGCGGAACUUGGUUUCCAAGGCUUUGUCAUGAGUGACUGGACCGCUCAUCACAGCGGUGUAGGCGCUGCUUUGGCGGGUAUGGAUAUGUCGAUGCCUGGUGAUGUUACCUUCGAUAGCGGCACGUCCUUCUGGGGUGCAAACCUAACGGUCGGUGUUCUUAACGGCACAAUCCCCCAGUGGCGUGUUGAUGACAUGGCCGUCCGAAUCAUGGCUGCUUAUUACAAGGUUGGCCGCGACACCAAGUAUACUCCUCCCAACUUCAGCUCGUGGACCAGGGACGAAUAUGGUUUUGCGCAUAACCAUGUUUCGGAAGGUGCUUACGAGAGGGUCAACGAAUUUGUGGACGUGCAACGCGAUCAUGCCGACCUGAUCCGUCGCAUCGGCGCGGAGAGCACCGUCCUGCUGAAGAACGAGGGUGCCUUGCCCUUGAGCCGCAAGGAAAAGCUGGUUGCCCUUCUGGGAGAGGAUGCGGGUUCCAACGCAUGGGGUGCUAACGGCUGUGAUGACCGGGGAUGCGAUAACGGUACGCUUGCCAUGGCCUGGGGUAGCGGUACCGCGAAUUUCCCAUACCUCGUGACACCGGAGCAGGCGAUUCAGAACGAAGUCCUGAAGGGCCGUGGUAAUGUCUUCGCCGUGACCGACAACUGGGCGCUCAACAAGAUCGCUGCGGCUGCCCGUCAGGCCAGCGUGUCUCUCGUGUUUGUCAAUUCCGACUCAGGAGAAGGCUAUCUUAGUGUGGACGGAAACGAGGGCGAUCGCAACAACAUCACGUUGUGGAAGAACGGCGACAAUGUGGUCAAGACCGCGGCGAACAACUGCAACAAUACCGUUGUCAUCAUCCACUCUGUCGGACCCGUCUUGAUCAAUGAAUGGUAUGAUCACCCCAAUGUCACCGGUAUUCUCUGGGCUGGUUUGCCCGGUCAGGAGUCUGGCAACUCCAUUGCCGAUGUCCUGUACGGUCGUGUCAACCCUAGUGCCAAGUCUCCUUUCACUUGGGGCAAGACCCGGGAGUCGUAUGGUUCUCCCUUGGUCAAGGAUGCCAACAAUGGUAACGGAGCGCCCCAAUCUGAUUUCACCCAAGGCGUGUUCAUCGAUUACCGCCAUUUCGAUAAGUUCAACGAGACCCCCAUCUACGAGUUUGGCUACGGCUUGAGCUACACCACCUUCGAACUCUCCGAUCUCCAUGUUAAACCCCUGAACGCAUCCCAAUACACUCCCACCAGUGGCAUGACUGAAGCUGCAAAGAACUUUGGUGAAAUUGGCGAUGCCUCGGAAUACGUGUAUCCGGAGGGGCUAGAGAGGAUCCAUGAGUUUAUCUAUCCAUGGAUUAACUCUACCGACCUGAAGGCAUCGGCUGACGAUGAUAACUACGGCUGGGACGACUCCAAAUAUAUCCCUGAAGGCGCCACGGAUGGGUCUGCCCAGCCCCGUUUGCCCGCUAGCGGUGGUGCCGGCGGUAAUCCCGGUCUGUACGAAGAUCUCUUCCGCGUCUCAGUGAAGGUUAAGAACACGGGUGAUGUCGCCGGUUAUGAAGUUCCUCAGCUGUACGUUUCCCUGGGCGGCCCGAAUGAGCCUAAGGUGGUGCUGCGCAAGUUUGACCGUCUGCACUUGGCUCCAUCGCAGGAGGUCGUGUGGACGACGACCCUUACCCGUCGUGACCUUGCCAACUGGGACGUUUCGGCUCAGGACUGGACCGUUACUCCCUACCCCAAGACGAUCUACGUUGGUAACUCGUCACGGAAACUACCACUCCAGGCCCCGCUGCCCAAGGCUCAGCAGGUGAAAAAAAACAUGGCAUCACCAGACAAAUCCCCUUCUCCGACAAUACCGCGGUUAUACCAACCACCUACGGCUGCCCUCCUUGUCUAUCCUAUUACUUUAAUUAUAGGAUCGCUGUUUUCUGUUCUCUCCCCGACAGCACAGGGCACCCGAGAUCCCCCCUCCGGCCAUCCGACGCCUCUAGCCCCUUCAAUCGCCGCCGAUGUGAACCUCCCCCAACACCCCGUCAAUUACUUCGCCCGCAAGGACAAUGUCUUUAAUGUCUAUUUUGUGAAAGUUGGCUGGCUUUGGGUGACUGCGGCUUUCGCUUCCCUUCUGUUUUCUCAGCUCCCGUACACGACCUCGUCCAGUCAACAACCGCGGCGGAUCGGUCAGGCGCUCGCGCGUUAUUCUCUGGCUACCCUAAUCUGGUACCUGACUACACAAUGGUUUUUUGGUCCGGCAAUAAUCGAUCGCAGUUUUGUGAUUUCGGGCGGGAAGUGUGAGCAGGUCAUACCGCAGGCUGAAGAGGGUUCUGCCUCGCUCCACACACUGUUGACCGCUACAGCGUGCAAGUCCGCCGGUGGAGCAUGGAGAGGCGGCCAUGAUGUAAGCGGACAUGUGUUCAUGCUGGUUCUUGCGACUGCGAUGCUGGCAUUUGAGACAAUUGGAGCAUGGAGGGGCGCUUCGGACAUCGACCAGGGAAGCAAGAAGUCGGAGGACGGGGAUCGCGAACUGAGUGGGUCGAGGAAGUGGUCCGUAUGGUUCGUCGGUGCAGUUACGGGCCUGAGUUGGUGGAUGUUGCUGAUGACUGCUAUCUGGUUCCAUACGUGGUUCGAGAAGUUGACCGGUUUACUGAUCGCCCUAAGCGCUGUUUAUACCAUCUACAUUCUGCCCCGGCGGGUCAUCCCCUGGAGGGAUGUUGUGGGCAUUCCUGGCGUAUAGAGUGUUCAUUGUUCUCUUUACUUGACGUUAAUACGAUUUGCCACCCGGGUCAUAUAUUGUCGAGCAUACACGGUAUCUGGCACAAUGAUGCAUAUUGUAGAGUACUGGACGCAGA